AUGGAUUCGGGUCUCAUGUGGUCUGAACUUGAGGCUCUGCCACACGUGCCAAAAAAUUUCAUUUGGCCAAAGGAGUACCUAGUGGAUGCCCAAGACGAACUCCAAGCACCAGUGGUGGACCUUGAAGGGUUUCUCAAGGGGGACUAUGAGGCCACACAAUGUGCUGUUAAGCUUAUUAAUGGGGCUUGCUUGAACUAUGGUUUCUUCCAAGUGAUCAAUCACGGGGUUGAUCCGUGCCUCAUUCGUGAAGCAUGUGAUCAAAUGGACACUUUCUUUAAGCUCCCAGUUCAAAGGAAAUUAAGUGUUCAUAAGAAACCCGGUUCCAUGUGGGGCUACUCUGGUGCUCAUGCUGAUCGCUUCUCCUCCAAAUUGCCUUGGAAGGAAACCUUCUCUUUCCCCUACCAUGACAAUACCUUAGAGCCUGUUGUCACAAACUACUUUAAAUCCACCUUAGGGGAAGACUUUGAACAAGCUGGGGUGACAUUCGAGAAGUAUUGUAGAGCUAUGAAACAGUUGGGGGUAAAGCUGACAGAGCUAUUGGCAAUAAGCUUAGGGGUGAAUGGGUUGCAUUACAAGGAGUUGUUUGAAGAAGGAUGGUCGAUCAUGAGAUGCAACUAUUAUCCACGUUGCCAAGAACCGAAUCUUGCACUGGGGACAGGACCGCAUUGUGACCCAACGUCCAUAACCAUACUUUACCAAGAUCAAGUUGGAGGACUUCAUGUAUUUGCAGACAACGAGUGGAAGAUGGUUCGACCUCGUCUUGAUGCGUUUGUAGUUAACAUUGGAGACACCUUCAUGGCAUUAUCAAAUGGGAGAUACAAAAGUUGCCUGCAUAGGGCAGUGGUUAACAAGUACAAGGAGAGAAGGUCCUUGGCGUUCUUUCUGUGCCCCAAAGAAGACAAGGUGGUGAGAGCCCCGGAGAAUAUCGUUCUCGUGGAUGGGACGAAACAAUAUCCCGAUUUUACAUGGUCAGAGUUGCUUCAAUUUACACAAAAGUACUACAGAGCAGACCAAGCUACACUGCCAAACUUCACCAAGUGGCUGCUAUCCUCCAAAACCCCUAACUUUACGUUAACCAACAAAUAG